GACUUCUGAUAAUGAUACAGACCAACAACAACCACCAGAUAUUUGACACAUUAUGUCUGUUAUCAAGCAAGAUGUUCUUGCUCAUCAUUUUAUCCACAACCAACAAGACGUCUCUUUUCUGAACCAGAGGGAAUCUCUGAAAACCAAAGGGAGAGCAGAGGAACCAGAACCGGACCUUUCUGCACCAAAGCAAGAAACGGAUAACGCAAUAGGAAAAGAUUCUGCAUGUCUAGAAAUCAAAGAAGAGCCAGAGGAACUAGAACUGCAACAAAUGAAGGAAGAUGAUUAUCAAUUAGGAUCUCUGCAGAUUGUAAAGAUUGAGGUUGAAGACAUCAGUCAAGAUGAAAACCAGGAUGUACUGGACCAAGAGAAGAAUACCUUAAUGGGAACCAAUUCUGUAUCUCACCAAAUGAAAGAGGAACCAGUGGAACUAGAAGUUAAACAAAUAAAGGAACAGGAAGAUGGAUCAGGACUUGAGCAGAUGGCAAACUCUGAGGCUGAUGGAAUCAGUCAGGAUGAAGACCAGGAAUCAGCAGAGGAGGAGAGUGAUAUCUUAAUCCUAAAGCUUUGUGAUGAUGAAACAGACCACCAAGAACCAGACCUCAAUGGAACCCAAAUCAUCUUUCAGAACAUCCCUGAAGCAGAUCAUCAUCAGGGAAUAAAGACUAACGAAGCCUCGGGAUCCCGCAGAGACAAACAACAACAGAAGACCAGAAGUGAGAAUGAAGAGCAAAGGAUGAAGGGCAAGAAAAUUCAGAAGAAUAAAACAUUGAAACAGUGCAAAGUGUGUCAUAAAAGUUUUAAAUUCAACUGUGGAUUAACAGUUCACAUGAGAACUCACACAGGUGAGAAGCCUUUCUCAUGUAUCAUCUGUGGAAAGUCUUUUAAUCAAAAAAGUAAUUUGAUUAGCCACAUGAGAACUCACACAGGUGAGAAACCUUUCUCAUGUCUAACCUGUGGAAAAAGUUUCAAUCAAAAACAUAUUUUGAAUUGCCAUAUGAGAACUCACACAGGUGAGAAGCCUUUCUCAUGUCUAACCUGUGGAAAAUGUUUCAGACACAAAAAUGAUUUGAAUAGCCACAUGAGAACUCACACAAGUGAGAAGCCAUUUUCAUGCUUAACCUGUGGGAAGGGUUUCAACACAAAGCGUAAUUUGACUAACCACAUGACAAAUCAUACAGGUGAGAAACCUUUUUCUUGUAAAACCUGUGGGAAAAGUUUCAAUCAAAGAGGAAGUUUGACAAGCCACAUGAGAACUCACACAGGUGAGAAGCCUUUUUCAUGUAUCAUUUGUGGAAAGGGCUUCAAUGCAAAACGUAAUUUGACUAACCACAUAAGAAAUCAUACAGGUGAAAAGCCUUUCUCAUGUGGAACCUGUGGUAAAGGUUUCAGUCAUAAAAAAAGUUUGAUUAACCAUGUUAUAAUUCACACAAAAUAGAAACCUUUCCAGUUACACAAAGUCAUGUGACUGAGGCGUUAACCGAAGCGUUU